UGGAGUCCACUCAGCCGCAUAUAAAAAUCACUUUCAAGAAACAGUGUGGUUGAUUUGACCACACAGAGAGAUCUUUGAACAUGGCAGUGUUUAAGGCAGGCAAUGUCCUAAUAACUGGGGCCAACCGGGGCUUGGGCUUUGAAAUGGUCAAGCAACUCUUGGAGGUCCCCUGUCCAAAGCGGAAGAUUUUCGCCUGCUGCCGUGACCCAGACGGGCCAAAGUCUGAGGCAUUGAGAGAACUGGUGAAAAAGCAUCCAACUGUGAUCACUAUUAUAUGUCUCGAUGUUGCUGAUCCAUGCAGCAUUAAAGAGUCUGCCAAGAAAGUGGGUCCUCUACUGGGGAAGAAUGGCCUGAACAUGCUGGUGAAUAAUGCUGCCAUGUUGGCAUUUGGCCCCAUGAUGUCCAUUCCCAUUGAGGACAUGCAGAACACCUUCAACACCAACGUGAUGGGGCCAUUUUUAGUCAUCAGGGAGUACCUACCAUAUCUACAAACUGCAGCCAAAGCCAGAGGAACAUCAGGAAUGUCCUGUGAUAAAGCUGUUGUCAUCAAUAUCUCUUCUACAGGGGGCUCCAUAACCAGAAUGCCUUCCUUAUACAGCCGAUUUCCUUAUAUCCCUUAUUGCGUGAGCAAGGCAGGUCUCAACAUGCUGACUGCAUUAAUGGCGGUGGAGUUAAAGCCAGAUGAGAUCCUCUGCAUGGCCCUUAACCCAGGAUGGGUGAGGACUGAAAUGGGUGGAGAAGAGGCACCACUUGAAACAAGAGAAAGUGUGGAGGGUAUGCUGCGUGUCAUUAGCAGCCUUACUGAGAAUGAGCAUGGUGGGUUCAUGGACUACAAUGGACAAACUCUGCCCUGGUAAACCAAAAGAACUUUGGCAUCAGAGAGGAUACCAAUGGGCUGAUCCAGAUCCAAAGAUCCUAUACUACCAUGAAAGUGCCCCUGUAAUCAUAGCACUUAAAGACAAUUUGUACUUAUGACAGACACAUUACAACUUCAUAGUUUUCCAUAACAAUAAAUAAU